AUGAAAUUUAUAUUAUUAUUAUUAUUAUUAAAAUAUUCUUAUUCAUAUGAAAUAUCAAAAUGUAUUCCUAUUACAUUUGAUUAUUGUCAAAAUGUUUUACCAUAUAAAAUUACAAGAUAUCCAAAUUUGGCUGGAGAUGAAAAUGAAAAAGAUGCAAUUAAUUCUAUUGAAAGCUAUAAUAUGCUUGUAGAUACGGGUUGUAGUCAACAACUUAAAUUUUUUCUUUGUUCAACAUAUUUUCCAAUGUGUACUGAUAAGGUACCAAUUCCAAUUGGACCAUGUAGGAUAAUUUGUCAAGAAGUACAUGAAAAAUGUGAACCAGUAUUAAGGGAUUUUAGUUUACCAUGGCCAUCUGUAUUAAAUUGUUCCAGAUAUCCAUUAGAAAAUGGUUAUAGAGAUGAAGUUUGUAUGGGUGAUUUAACAUCAAAAGAAAAUAAAAAAAAUAAACCUGAAGAUGAGGAUAAUAAAAGUGAUGAAAAUAUAGAUGAAUUAACAUUAUAUGAUAAUCUUCAAAUUUCUAAUAAAUCACCUAUACAAUUAAUGAAAAAAUGUGAUCCCAUUACACAUGUUUAUAUAAAUAAAACAAAUCGUUGUGUAUCACAAUGUUAUGCAUUUGAAUCAGUACAACAACAACAAAUAGAAGAACAUGCCAGAUACUCAUUAGCUAUUAUUAGUUUUAUAUCACUUUGUAUAUCAGUUUCAAUAUGUUUUAUAACAAUAAUAUGGAAAUGGAAUAAGAUGAAUUAUUUCAAUUAUUCAUUAUUUUUUUCUAUUAUUUUCUUUUCAUUAGCAAGUUUUGUUAGAUUAAUAAACAUUCAAUUUAGAGAUUCGAUUUCAUGUACAACAUACAAUCAUAUAUCUAUUGUUGUUGUACCAGAACUUCAUCAUAUUCCAUGUGUUUUGAUAGCAAUCUUGACAUAUUAUUUUGGAACAACUGCCCGCCUUUGGUCUGUCAUCGCUUCCUUUGCCUGGAGAAGAUCAUUAAAUAUAAAUAAUAAAAAUGAGGAUAAAUUAGAGAAGGGAAAAUUUCAAUUUAGAACAGCAACAAUUGCAUGUACUUUAACAUUUCCAAUUAUUCUUUUAAUUCUUAUGACAAAAUCAACAAAUGUUGACUUGACAACUGGUAUAUGUAAUGUUUCAUCAGGAUUUUCACAUUUACAAAAUCUUUUUAAUUCUUUACGUGAAAUUGUUUUUCUUAUCUUUUCAUUACUUCCAAUAUUUUCUGGAUGCCUUAAAGAAAUAUCUCCUAAAAAAUUACCAAAUAAUUGUAUUGUUUCAAAUUCUAAACCAUUAUUACGUAAUACAAUUAUUGUUUUAUUUACUAUAUUAUAUUUUAUUUUUACAACAUAUUGGUUUUAUUAUGCUGUUCAAUUAUUUUCAUCAUCAUCACAAAUUCAUUGGGAUAUUAUAAUAGCAACUAGUACAUUUUCAGAUGCCAUAUUAGGAAUAUUUGUUUCAAUUGUUCUUUUAUUAUCAAUAAUAAUUAAUCGUUAUUGUUUUUCACAUAUAUCAUUAAAUAAUGUUCAAAAGAUAAAUAAUGAAACAACUGUUUAUCUACCAACAACAUUACCUCCACCACCACCAAGGUAUAUAUUAUCCAGAUAUGGAAUGCAAAAUAAUAGUGUUAUUAAUGAUGAUUAUGAUAAUGCAAUGAUGAGUGGAACUUUAAGAAAACCUGUAUAA